GGUUCUGGGUGUGGGUUCUCUUGGCCAGCAUGGCCUAUUCCCAGAAAUGACAGCUGUGGGGACGUGGCAACGUGGGCGGUGUCGCCACUCGGAGGUGACAACUGUUGCUGCGGUGAGUGAGCACACCCUCCUGCGAUUUCUGCAGACUUGAGGUCUUUCCCCCCCACCAGGAUGCCUCGGUGUAAGGACCAAGGACCGGGGGCAUUUGCUAAUGUGGACGGGCCCUCAGACCCGACCUCCUCUGUUCCCUAAGACCCCUCCCUCCCUCUGUCUGUGCCACUAUCAAAGGGCAUAGAAAUAACUCCCAGCCACAGAAAACAAGGCUGCAGCCAAAUCUUUACACAUCCCCAAAAGGAGCUCAUGUCACUGUCAUGCUUCCACUUCUGGUCCCGUCAGUCAGUUACAAUUCCAGACACAAACGUGACUUCCCAGGCAGGGCGGGGGCGCCCCUUCAUCCGAUUCUUUGUAUCCUUCACUUAUGACUGUGCCCAGCGUGGGUGGUGAGGAUACAAAGUUGCCUUCCCCACAGAAUCUCAAAUUAAGCAAGGCAUCAAAGUAAUGAAAGUGGAAAAAUGUUGUUCGUUACAUUUUAACAACCAAGUAAAAAAGUGGUUUUUCAGAGUCUGGAACCUGCCUCUGAGGUAGGUGCGUCCCAGGCUCACCUUUUCCUUGUCGGGACCAGAGCAGCCCACACUCCCAGCAUCACAGCCGCUGAGCUCUUCCGAGCCUACGGCAGGGAUCUGACACCUUCCCGGCCACCUCCAGCGGGCAAAGGAUGAGGAAGAACAGCUUCUGUCCCAGGCUUUCCCCAGGGAGUUUCUGUCCCAUUUCCCACGCUGUCCUAACAGGAACUGCCCGGGGAAGCUCCCAGCUGCAGGCUGGACCCUGCCUCUUCUCUAGCCCCCUCCCCUCCACCUCCACCUGCCUUCGUUAUCCUGUUUCCUGUUCAGGGUUGGAUCCCAAAGCUUCACUUCUCCUCGAACCUCCAUGGUCCACAACCUUCAAAGGACAGACAGUGACUCUCAUAUGCAGGGGUCCCCGUUCUCCAGCCCAGGGGGACGUAUCUUGGUAUCAUGAUGAGCACUUGUUGAAAACAAACUCUGAAGAGAUUCACAUAAAGACGUCUGGAUAUUACAAAUGCAAGACCCACGGAUCUUCCAUUAGUGACCCCGUAUAUGUGAAAUUUUUAUCUGAAUGGCUGGUCCUCCAGGCCCAACACCCUGUCUUUGAAGGAGACAACGUAACUCUGAGAUGCCAGGGGAAGGACGAUGAGACGGUCAAGGAGAAGAGUUACUACAGAAAUGGGAAAAAACUUGGUGGUACUAAUAACUCAGGCACCAUCAUAGUGUAUUCAGCCUCCAGGGACAAUAGCAUUUACUACUGUACUGCUUCUGGGAAAAAGUUUUGGGGACCAUGGACAGAAACUUCAAACCAUCUAAGGAUCCACGUUCAAGAGCUGUUUCCACGUCCUCUGCUGAGAGCCAGCCCCUUCCAGCCCACCGAGGGGAGCCCAGUGAACCUGACCUGUGAGACCCGGCUCCCUCCGCAGAGGUCAGAUGUCCAGCUCCAGUUCUGCUUCUUCAGAGAAGGCCAGGCCCUGGGGUCAGGCUGCAGCAGCUCCCCCGAGCUCCGGAUCCCGGCCAUGUGGAGUGAGGACGCAAGGUCUUACUGGUGCCAGGCUCAGACGGUGACUCUCAGUGUCAAGAAAAAAAGCCUGAGGUCCUACAUACGUGUGCGGAGGGUCCCUGUGUCUGGUGUGAAUCUAGAGAUCCAGCCUCGUGGGGGGAAGCUGAUUGAAGGAGAAAACCUGAUCCUUGUCUGCUCGGUGGCCAAGGGUACAGGGACUGUCACAUUCUCCUGGCACAGAGAGGGCACACAGAGAAGCCUAGGAAGAAAGACCCAGCGUUCCCUGUCGGCAGAGCUGCAGGUACCAUCCGUGAAGGCGCACGAUGCCGGGAAGUACUACUGUGCAGCUGACAACGUGCAGGGCCCCGUCCUCAGCCAGCGGCUUAGAGUCACACUGGCAGUUCCAGCAUCUCGGCCCGUCCUCACCCUCCGGGCGCCCGGGGCCCCGGCCCUGGUGGGGGACACGGUGGAGCUGCACUGUGAGGCCCAGACAGGCUCUCCCCCGAUCCUGUACCAUUUUUAUCACGACGGUGUCACCCUGGGGAACAGCUCGGCCCCCUCUGGAGGAGGAGUGUCCUUCAACCUGUCUCUGACUGAAGAACAUUCUGGAAACUACUCCUGUGAGGCCGACAAUGGCGUGGGGGCCCAACGCAGUUACAGAGUGAUUCUCAGCGUCACAGUUCCAGCGUCUCGGCCCGUCCUCACCCUCAGGGCGACCGGGGCCCCGGCCCUGGUGGGGGACACGGUGGAGCUGCACUGUGAGGCCCAGACAGGCUCUCCCCCGAUCCUGUACCGCUUUUAUCACGACGGUGUCACCCUGGGGAGCAGCUCGGCCCCCUCUGGAGGAGGAGUGUCCUUCAACCUGUCUCUGACUGCAGAACAUUCCGGAAACUACUCCUGUGAGGCCGACAAUGGCGUGGGGGCCCAGCGCAGUGAGGUGGUGACAUUCAACGUCACAGGGACUUCCGUGAGCAAAGUAACCAUUACUGCGGGGGUCAUUGGGCUCCUGAGCGUCCUUGGCCUUGCUGCUACUGCUACUUGGGUGAGUCGCUUCAGAACCCAAAGGAACUCAGGAGGACUUUCUGCCACUGGAACACCUAGUUGUGGUCCCACUGUGGGUCAGGGGCCCAGCAGCUCACACACCCGAGGGCCCAGCUGCUCCGAACCAGCCCUAAUGGAGCUGCAGCCCGUGUACGGCAAUGUGGGCCCCGGACACGGCGACCUCAUUUAUUCCCAGGUCAGCAGUAUCCAGCGUUCGAAAGGAAAUCCAGAAAACUCACCAAGGAUGCAUCAAGAGGAUAAAGAACCUGUAGUCAUCUAUUCAGAGUUGAAGAAGGGACGUCCAGAUCACUGUGCAGGCCAGGCCAGCAGUGGAGGCAGAGCCCGUGAAGAAGCUUCAGAAAACUAUGAGAACGUGUCAUGUGCAUUGUCAGCCAUGGAGCAUUAGCCCUGGACCCAGACUGGCCCACAGAGACCCUGGGAGGCAAGCAGCCUGGCCAGUCGCCCUGUUCUCGCCAAGUACUCACCCUCGUUGCCUCCAGGUCUCUGCCUUCCAGCGAGCUGGGCUGUGGGGGAUGUGAAGCUGUGGGAAUUGUCUGCCAACCUCCUCUGUGCCUAGGAACAGAGUGGGCAGCAUUUGAGCAAAGCUGCAUUGUCUUCAGAGUAGAGACCCAUGUGGAGGUGGGCGAGCCUUCAGCUCGUGGGACUGUGGACUGAAGGGGGACCACAAGCGUGCGAUCAGGCCCACUUGCUGUAAGAGUGGUGGGCGAUGUGCAUGCACCGUCUCCGCUUAAAUUUGCUUUAAGCCUUUUGUUUCCUUUUCUGUGUGGUUGACAGUGGCAUCAUGGACGGUCUGCGGUGUACGCUAUGUCCCAGCUACCAAACUGCAAAUGACCAAAAGGAUUUAUUCUAGCCACAUAUAUACUAUGUCUUCAUGAAAUACAUACCGGUACUAUGAAUGUUUCUUGCUAAAUAACACCGUCUAUUUAAUGGGAGAAAGCGUCCACAUUGUCUGAUUAGACAUGUCGUGGAAUGAAUAAUGUUUCCUCAAAAUUUAUAUUUUCAAACUCUAAACCCCAACGUAACUAUACUUGGAGAUAAGGCCUUUAAGGAGGUAAUGAAGGUUAAAUGAAUUAGAAGGUGGGCCCUAAUCCGCUUGGACUGGUGUCCUUACCAGAAGAAGAGACACCGGCGGCGCCUCCAUGUCCCUUUGUGCACACAGAAGAAAGGCCACAUGGGACUAGAACAAGAAAACAGCCACCUGCAAAGCCCACUGGUGGCCAGGAAGAGAGCGCUCAGAAACCAACACUGCCAGCACUUUUAUCCUACAGUUCCAGCCUCUAGAAUGGUCUGAUACUUAAGUCACCUAAUCUGUGGUAUUUUGUUAUGGCAGCCAAUGAAGACUAAUGCAGAUUUAUACAUAGCUAUACAGAUGAUAAAUGAUUAAUGAUGAUGACAGACAGACAGACAGACAGAUAGAUAAUAGAUAGAGAGAUAGAUGAUAGAGAGAGAGAGAGAGAUGAUAGACAGAUAUAGACAGCUAUGUAGAUAUACAACACACACACACACCCCCAACCCACACAACUGUGGUCUCUAAGCUAUUUCCUCUCCCACUGGAUAAAACAUCCCCAUAUCUGUAGCAGUUCAAUUUUACUGUUUAUUCAACAUCCACUGUUUGAAGGCUACAGAAGCAUCAGCACCAAUCUUGGAAAUUCAGGAAAGCCAAUGAUUGACAUGACUC